GGAGGGUCAGGCUCUGAGGCCAGAGCGGGUGCGCACUGGGCGGGGGCCACCACAGCGCAGCAGAGAUGUGACACGCCGGAGGGCUAUUGGAAACAUCAGGGCUACCGGACCAAGGAGGUCUCGGUAUAGCAGGGUGCCAGGAGCCUCCUAGGGUCCUUGACCAGCUUGCCAGCCUGUGGGGAGACAACUUUGCACCUGAUCAGCCCUUGCCUUCCCCCAUCUUUAGAGAAAGUGGGUUUGAGAUGCCUCUGAUUUGCUGAGCAGUGAGAGGGUACACGGCGGUAGAGGUUUUCUGGAAUGUUCAUGCUGUCAGAGAGAAAGAUGAGAACCCAGCAAGCGCUUGCCUUCCUCCUGCUCUUCAUGAUUGCCUCUGGGGCUUCUGAAAACUCCAGCACUUCCCGGGGCUGUGGACUGGACCUCCUCCCUCAGUAUGUGUCACUGUGUGACCUGGACACCAUCUGGGGCAUCGUGGUAGAGGCGGUGGCAGGGGCUGGUGCCCUGAUCACACUGCUUUUGAUGCUCAUCCUCCUGGUGCGGCUACCAUUCAUCAAGGAUAAGGAGAAGAAGGACCCUCUGGGUCUCCACUUCCUAUUUCUCCUAGGGACCCUGGGCCUCUUCGGGCUGACCUUUGCCUUCAUCAUCCGGGAGAAUGAGACUAUCUGCUCAGUUCGGCGUUUCCUCUGGGGCAUUCUCUUUGCACUCUGUUUCUCCUGCCUGCUGAGCCAGGCCUGGCGUGUUCGGAACCUAGUGCGGCAGGGCAGGAGCCCCUCCGGCUGGCAUCUGGUGGGUGGGGCGCUGUGCCUGACACUGGUUCAAGUCAUCAUUGCUGUAGAGUGGCUGGUGCUGACUGUGCUGCGUGACUCGAAGCCGGCCUGCGCUUAUGAGCCAAUGGACUUCACUAUGGCCCUCAUUUACGACAUGGUACUGCUUGUGGGCGCCCUGGGACUGGCCCUUUUCACGCUGUGCGGCAAGUUCAAGAAGUGGAAGCAGAAUGGAGCCUGCAUCCUCCUCACAGCCUUUUUCUCUGUGCUCAUCUGGGUGGCCUGGAUGACCAUGUACCUCUUUGGCAAUUCGGAGCUGCGGCAAGCAGAUGCCUGGGAUGACCCCACCUUGGCCAUCACACUGGUGGCCAGUGGCUGGGUGUUCAUCAUCUUUCACUCCAUUCCUGAAAUCCACUGUACUAUCCUGCCCUCCCCUCAGGAAAACACCCCUAACUACUUUGACACGUCCCAGCCAAGGAUGCAGGAGACGGCCUUUGAUGAGGAUGUGCAGCUACCGCGAACCUACAUGGAGAACAAAGCCUUCUCCAUGGAUGAACACAAUGCAGCUCUCCGGACAGCAGGAUUUCGCAAUGGCAGUUUAGGAAACAGACCCAGUGCUCCGUUUAGAAGCAAUGUGUAUCAGCCAACUGAGAUGGCGGUUGUGCUCAAUGGAGGGACUAUCCCAACUGCUCCACCAAGUUACACUGGAAGACACUUCUGGUAAAAGACAAAGUUCCAGAGAACUCUUACCGAUUUUAUUUCCUGGAUGUGUCUUUCUUGAGGGAAAAAUCAGUAAUAGUAGCCGAAUAAGGCUG